UUCAUCAUUCUUUCUUAUUUACUAACUCGAAUUUCAACAUUAUAUAUACCCCCCUUCUCUUUUCCAUCUUCAUACUCACUAUCUCAUUCAAUGGCUACCUCUUUUCUCAUUUGUUUUUCUCUAACAAUAACAACCUUUGUUGCUUCUGUUUCUGCUCAACAACCACGAGCUUUCUUCGUUUUCGGAGAUUCUCUAGUUGACAGCGGUAACAAUGACUUUCUUGCCACCACCGCCCGAGCUGACGCUUAUCCAUAUGGCAUUGAUUAUCCAACUCACAGACCUACCGGACGUUUCUCUAACGGCCUAAACAUCCCAGACCUAAUCAGUUUGGAGCUUGGCUUAGAACCAACACUUCCAUAUUUGAGUCCUCUACUCGUUGGAGAGAAGCUUCUUAUUGGUGCCAAUUUUGCAUCUGCUGGAAUCGGAAUUCUCAACGAUACCGGAUUCCAGUUUUUGCAUAUAAUCAGAAUCUACAAACAACUAAAGCUAUUUCAAGUGUAUCAGAAAAGAGUAAGCGCACACAUUGGUUCAGAGGGAGCAACCAACUUAGUCAACAGAGCACUUGUACUAAUCACUCUUGGUGGCAAUGAUUUUGUUAACAAUUACUAUUUAGUCCCUUAUUCCGCAAGAUCUCGCCAAUUUUCUCUCCCGGAUUAUGUUAGAUAUCUCAUUUCCGAGUACCGCAAAGUUCUUAGGAAACUUUAUGAUUUGGGAGCACGUAGGGUUCUUGUAACAGGAACGGGACCAAUGGGGUGUGCACCAGCUGAAUUAGCCAUGAGAAGUAGAAACGGCAAUUGCGACGUGGAAUUGCAAAGAGCUGCAUCAUUAUACAAUCCACAACUUGUUGAUAUGAUCAGAGGACUUAACCAACAAAUCGGUUCUGAUAUCUUUGUUGCUGCAGAUGCAUAUAGAAUGCAUAUGGAUUUCAUUUCCAACCCUCAAGCUUAUGGAUUUACAACAUCGAAAGUAGCGUGUUGCGGACAAGGGCCAUACAACGGAAUCGGGCUUUGUACGCCAGCUUCAAAUUUGUGUCCAAACAGAGAGCUUAACGCAUUUUGGGAUGCAUUUCAUCCAUCUGAGAAAGCUAGUAAAAUCAUAGUCCAACAGAUUCUUAGGGGAAGCACUCAGUACAUGUACCCUAUGAAUCUCUCCACCAUCAUGGCCUUAGAUUCCAUGACUUGAUCAAUCAUUCAUCCACAACAUUUCUGAGAAAGUGUGUCAAUUAGUUGUAAGAGGUUAUCAUGGUAUCGUUUGUUGUCCAAUUUAGUUUCUGAAGUUAUUGAUUGAAGUUGAAAAAAGUUUUCGUGUAACGACAAAUAAUGCAGCUAGUUAUAAAGCGGCUAGAAGAUUGAUGUAUGAGAAAUAGUAACAAUUUAUUGGUUUUCUUGUGUUACAA